UGUUGAUUUGUUGUUUACCCAUCUCUAGUAUAUCUCAAUAUAAGUGAAAACUUUUUUCAUAUACCAAAUAAUAUAUACUCGUUAGACAAAAUGGGAUGCACUUGUAGCAAACAACAGACCAGUCCCCCGGUAGCACCAGCAAAGACACAUCCACCAGCUUCUACCGUUUCAGAUGCCCUGCCAAACGCUAGCGAGAUACAGGAAAUGCUUACGGGAUAUGAUGAUAUAUCAAUAUGUGCUGACGCCUCAACAAUAAAAACCGGGGAAGAUAUAACAUGCACUGCAGACAAGGAAAUAUUGGAUGUUAUAAAGGAUGUGGAAGACAAAACAGAAAUAAAAACUGAGGACCAGGGUGAAGUACAUAGUAUUAUGCCCGACCUAGUUGAUGAGAAACACGUAAAUGAAUUGGCCAUAGAACAUUAUGGAUACGUAACAAGAACAGAAGAUGAGAAAAUAGAUGCCGCAUUUUGUGAACCUACCGGCUAUGAAGACAAACCAAUUGACAAGUCUGGUUUAACGGUAGACCGCGAAACCUCAACCCUAGGACUACCAGAAAGCGAUAAAAUUUAAAGUCACAUAAAACAUACCAUGUUAUCCCUGGUUUUAAUACCAGGAUUUUAAUGUUCUAUGUUUAGAUAUG